GCUGAUAAGGUCACCUGGCUGCAGUGACUGGCUCUCCUCUGCACACAGAGACAUCUUCCAGAGUUUGAGUUUUUUCAACCUCAGCAUGAAACCUGCUGUGAUCGUCUUUGGCCUGGCAUGGUUCUGCUGGAGAUUUAAUGAAGGAGUGGCUGCAGACCAACUGGAGGGUUUUAUUCAGUGGGAAUGUCGUGAUCGACACCUGUGGAUCCAGGUGGUCUCGGCUCAGCCACCGCGCCUGGAAGCUGUCGAUGGAAGUGAGGUCCAUCUGAUUGACAAGCAGCUGGCCUCGCGCUGUGGCUACACCAUCAGCUCCUUAAAGCCUGAGCCCUUCUACUCAUUCAGAGCCUCCUACUAUUCCUGCUUCACCCACAACCAGAACGACGAGGUGUUCGUGUUCAAAUUCAAUGUGAUGGUGAGUGACGAUAGCGGCAGGUGGAGCAGCCGGUCCGUUUCUGCGCUCUGUCCCGGUCUGGUUUGGACCCACAGGGAGGUCAUCUGUGAGGAGGACUACAUGGAGGUGAACGUGAACAGACAGUCCUCGUGUGGGGGCCAGAUGGGGGAGGGGGCACAGGUGUGGCAGGAAGCUCUCUUUCAGGCUCAGAGAACGGCCAGUUUUGCCUGGCAGCUGAUGUUCCUACAGGAGGAUGGAAGAUUUCCCUCCAUGUCUCCCCUUGAGGCGCAGAGGUGGGGCUACAGCCUGACGGCCUCCACCCACAGGCUGGUACUUCGUGCUCCGUACCAGCGACCGCAUGCUGUGCUGACAAAGGUGGAUGGGGUCCCUGUAGAGGUCCUCCGGGUGUUCCUGUUCUUCAAACAGAAGCUCCUGGUGGUGAUGAUAGACGUGUCUAUGGCCUGCCCCGUCAAUUCUGCCAUGUUUGACGGCACCCAAUUACAGUGGGACAUCCCCCAGAUUAUACCUCCUCUUGUUGGCGACGGAGCAAAAUUUGAAAGUCAAAACUUUAGUCUGGGAGUGGAGGGCUUUCUGCUGGAUGAGUCCACUGCCGCCUCCAGAGGACUGAGCCUGCUUCAACAAGGAGGAAUGGUCAAAAUUAGAGUUCCUUUUGGGGCAGAAGGCGGUUACACAAAGAGUCUGGUUCUGGAGAACGUGUAUAAGGAGGCAUUUACGAUGGAGCUCCUGUAUGAACAUGUCUUCUCGCUGGUCUCUGAAGAUGGGAGCAGCUUCCAGACUAAACACAGAAUGUUGAAAGUGCUGGAAUCACCUCUGAUCUGCCGCGUGCCUUUCAGCCUCAACAAGAGCAUCAGUGAGCAGCAGAUGUUCAGCAUCUACUUGGGGAACAUUCCUGCAGACGUUUUCUUGGAAGAAGUUCUGAUAAAUGGAAAGCAGCUGCUGGUGUCGGGGGAGCCGAAGCUGGGAUUGAGCAUCAGGCCAGUCGUGCACCUGAACGGUAGCCGAGGUUAUGAGCUUCAGCUGCCCUUUGAUGAUCCGGCUGUUCGCUGGACGAACAUGGGUGGAGGUGUGGUGCUGUAUACUAUAGAUGCAAACUUCACACUCACUGUGAUGCCUCACAGGCAGUCCUACUACUACAACACUGUGAUCACAGCGCAGGUGCUGAAUGCAUUCCCUCCAGAAAUCACAGCUCAGUGUUUGGAGGGAGGAAUCUCCUUCAGUGUGGUGAGACCCACACUUGGUCUCUGGGAAGUAGGAAUCGACCAGGAGCCGCUGACGAUGGAGCUGGUGGCGCAAAGGGGGUACCGCCUUUUGAACGACAGUCUCAGAACUGUCCUAGAGGUCCCCAUCUUCUCUGUUGGAUACACUUAUGAAGAAAUAAACUUGUCGAACUUCUAUGCCACAUUCAAACUGCUUUUAAGAGACUCUAAAACUCUGGAGGUCCAAGCAUCAACCUCUAAACGCUGCCUCUUUAAAACCAGAGACAUGAUAGUCUGCUCUUCAGAUGGGACCAUGACAGUGGUGGCAACCCCAGCCUCCACCUGGCCCUCAGUACAGCCUGAGAGGACCAGUCUGCUAGACCGCCACUGCCGGCCUAAACAGACCGACACAAGCCGCGCUCUGUUUGAGUUUAAGCUGGACUCCUGUGGCACCAGGGCUGUGGCUGGGGAUUGGUACGUGGUUUAUGAGAAUGAGAUCCUGCACGAUCGGCAACUGAUCGCAGACGGCCCGAACUUCAUCUCCAGGGAGCCCCAGUUCAAAGUGACAGUAAGGUGCUUCUAUCCCCUUGGUGCCAUCAAUAGAUUAUCCAUAGACCGGUUCUCAGCAGCUCCUGGAAUUGGAUCCAUCAAAGUCUUUCAGAGCCACAAAGACCCUGGGAACAAACACUGUCCACAUAAGGCUGUUCCAAACUCUCCCCUUGACGAGCUCCACCCCAACCUGGCUGCAGGGGAAGACCUGACCCAGAGAGUCAUUACCCCUCAACCUGUGCAGAGUCACUUGAUUCCAGAAUUUAAUUCCAAGAUGGAUGUCUCCACAAAUCCUUUAAAGUCUUUAGAAACUCAAACGCAGCAAGUCCCUGAACUGAACAGGUUGCCAGACAGUGGAACCCAGUGGGUACGUUUCAGGACGCCAACGCCAAGCCCUGUGGGGCCAACUUGGGAAGGACCAAAUGAAAACGUGAAGUUUUUUGGUGGGAUUUCUGACACGUCGGGCAGUGGCGACUCAAGGGGGUGGGGACAGAAAUCUGAGCGAUUUGGCUCCCCACACUACGAGAGAUUUAACACAGAUGGGCCAAUCCACCAGCCUGCAAGUCCACAUGAACCGCCUCAUGCCCCUGACCUCCACCCACUACUACCACCAAAGUACCACAUUGGAAAUCAGUUACUUGUGUCCAGCAGAGACAAAACACCGGCACCAGCUUCUUCCACCACAUACACAGUCACUGACUGGUCCAAGAAGGUCCUGGAGCCUCCCGGGACCAAAAUGACCAACGUGGUCAGCAGAGACGCCCAGCCCCCAAACAGAGCUGGGACUGAGAGCCAGAACGUUCAGAGCAUAAGAGUAAAACCUCCAAGUAAAUUUAUGUCUUUGAGCCCAAAUCUCAACCAAAAGCCUCUAGUUCAGAGAGUGAACCCUCAGACAGAAAACCCUCAUGCCUCUGUGACCACAUCAAGCCGACAGAACCUCUGGAUACCCCAACAGAUGUUUGAGCACAGACGCACAAACCCAAGGGAGGACACAGUCUUUCAGAGAGCAAAGGUCUCAUCCCUACAGGAACCAGCUCUACACAGGAUCAAGCCAGAUCAGUUAAAACAAAGCCCUGGUCCUUCUUCACAGCAGCAGAAAUGGGUCCCAUCCUUGGCGGAAACUGGCAUAAAAACAUGGGGGUCAUUUGGAGGAGGUGAUCUUCAAGGUGCAGGGAUGCCUCAUGGUGGCUAUGGCGCUGCAGAAAAGGUUCAGUCUGAGGGCCAGAAUCCAGAGAUUGCUACCAGGAUGCAACUCCACAGCUCAGUGCACAAGAAGGGCUUCAGCACAGGAAACACAAACUCCUCAGUCGCUUCCUGGUCGACCCUCCAAAACAGUUUCCAAGACUUGGACCAGAGAGUGCUGAGCUGUGGAGAAGAGUCUGACCUGCGAGGGACUAGUGUCCAUCAAGGUCUUGUCAGACGCAUGGGUAAAUGGAUCAGCUGAUGGUUGACUGACGACUAUUAAAGAUUUUUUUUUCCACA